AACAAAAGAGACAUGUUAUUGUUAAACAUGUAAUAAAGAGCAGCUUAACAAAUGCUGGAAACUGAAUCUAUCACUAUAGCAAGGGAGUGUUAUGGAGAAGUGGAAGUUCCUUGAUCCCUGAACUGCAGCAGCAGGGACCUGGCAGGAUAAAAUAUAUAUCAACGGAUAUAUUCAACAAAAGCAGAAAAAUUGGAUCACUGACCAUUCUGAAGGCUUCUUGCUUACAGCCUCCAUGAAUAACUUAAAUGACCCCCCCAGAUGGAACAUCCAACCAGACCCCAGAGGACGGGGGGCGGGGGCCGAUGAUGGCAACCAAUGGAACUACGCCCUGCUGGUCCCCAUGCUGGGACUGGCUGCAUUUCGUUGGAUCUGGACCAGGGAGUCUCAGAGGGAGAUCCAGCAGGUCAAAGCCCAGUAUGACAAGGAUGUUUCCGCAAUAAAAAACGAAAUGGAAGCACGCUACCGAGGGACACUGAUAGAGAGGAGUAGGGCAGCAGCCACACUAGAGCUGGAGCUGGAGAAGGAGAGACAAAGGGUCAAAGGCUACAAGCAGGCCCUGGUCUCACAGAGCCAUCAGCUGAUGGAAGAACGGAAACAGUUACAUCAGGAGCGUGAGGCCUUGGAGGAAGAGAAGCAAAGGCUGGUUAAGUCUGGCGCUGCAGGGGCUAUGCUGCAUCAAGCCCUGGAGCGAGAGAACAACUGGUACCAGCGAGCCACCGCCACUCUGAAGGAGCUGGAGGCUCAGCUCGUGGAGCGCCAGAAUGCCUACUGCUCCCUCAUCCAACCUCGGGAUCAGCGGCUGGAGAUGGAGAAGAAUAUGCUGCUUAAGGUCGUCAAAAACCCCAUAGGGGCGGAACUGAACCUAGAGUCCGAUCUGAAGGAUAUUUUUAAGAGAGAUAAGCACUGUGCAGACCUGCUAAACAUGGACAAGAGGAAGAAUGGCAGUCUCAUGUGGGUGUACCUCAAGUACUGGCAGCUGCAGGUCACUGUCCAGAAACACAAGAGGGCUGAAGAAGCGAUAUUAGGAGGGAAGUCUAAUACAAAGUGACAAACACCAGUUGGUGUUUUCAUUUGACUCUGAAGAAUGUUGAAAGUAUGUGGAUCAGGGGUGGAAAACGCAUGUAUUUUUCACUCUUUCAUUAUCUUUACUUGACAGGGAUGUUAUGGAAACACAACAAGAUCAUGUUCAACGUGUGAAAUACACCAUCCAGUGAUCUCAGAGGUUUGGAAAAAGAAGAGAUAUUUUGUCAGGUUUUGAGCAUGCUGAAAUACAAUACCACCAUAACUUCCCCAAUCUAGACUUAUUAGCUUUAAAUGAACUACUUACAAAUAUGGGAAACAUAUUGAUAAAAAUGCACUAGGAUCAGUCAGGUGAUAUCCAUAUUGGAUACACCACUGAUGUUAAAUACAAAGAGAUGUAUUUUUCCCCCUUUUCUUCUUGGAAAAUAUUUCAGAACAUUUGUGUCAAUUUAACUCACAUUCUCCGAGUGCCAUGAAUUACUGCUGGUGUGUACAUUGUAUGUCUGGAAAUUUUUUUCCUCCACCUAGGUUAUGAAUUUUGUGUCCCAUUAACUGACUACACAUCUCUUUGUUGCUAUAAAUGUCGUUGGGGGAAAAACAAUCACAAUAAAACAAAACAGCCAGGAAUCGACACAUUGAUAAGGAUAUUUUAUUUAUGACACGAUGUUAUGGAAAAGACAUCGAAGUCCCUGUGAGGUGUGUUACCGUUCAUUAACAAGUUUAUGGACUAUUGGUGGAGAUAUUUAUCAUGAUAAACGUGGGACUUCAUUUUUUUUUUUUACCAGCACUUCUGUCCUUCCAUGUAUGACAUCUCUCCUUACACUCUGAUGUGUGUUGCCAUUUAUGAUACAUGGCCAAAAUCCAGUAGAAUAGUGUGUCUGAUUACUGGUUUUAACUUUCCAGUCCUCAAUGCAGGUUUGUGGGAGCUUUUUAGCUAUCAGGGAGACGGGACACUGAAGGUGCAUGUGAAUCUAAAUAAAGGGGUUAAAGUGCAAAAUAGUGCUCUGGACUUCAACACCUUACCGCAAUACUUCAGUAAAAAUAGUCAACUAGCACCUUUUUACUUCACACGUCAUCCCAGUAUUGAAUGGAUGAACUAAAGCUGUAGCAUUUGUAAAAGGUUGCCAAGACUCUCUAUGCCGUUAUGUUUUUCUUUGGACAAUAACUUGGUGAUUAAGUGCUGGAUGUGAUGCCAUAAAUUCAAAUGUACCGACUGUAACCGUGCUGUGAAAUCCUCCUAAUAAAUUCCUGGUUUGAGAACUUAA